AUGGAUAUUUUUUGUCGUAAUGUAAGAGGUUUAAACGACCCUGUAAAGCGAAGAAAUUUUAGGAAUUGGCUAAAGCAUCAUAAGCCUCUUUUUGGUGGGAUUCUAGAAACCCAUAUUAGUCCUGACAAAGCACAGCGUAUCUUGUCUUCUGUGGCUUCAGGAUGGUCUUUUGCGGCUAACUAUCCUUUCUCAGAUCUUGGAAAGAUCUGGGUCCUUUGGUACCCUUCGGUGCAAGUAACAAUUUUGUCUUCUUCUCUCCAGAUGAUGGUAUGGAUGGUGCAGUUACCUUUUGUGUUUGAGGAACUCGUUGUCUCGGUAGUCUAUGUUUCCUCAGUGUGUAGUGAGGAACGUAAAGCCUUAUGGCAGGAGCUUCAAGAUCUAUCUCACUCGCAUCUUGUCUUGAACAAACCGUGGUUAGUCAUCGGGGACUUUAACCAGACACUUUACCCACAUGAACACUCUGUGACACCCACUGCCUCAUCUUCUAGAGGAAUGCGUGCCCUCAGUCAAUGCCUGUCCAUUGCCAAGCUAUCAGAUCUGCCUUUCUAUGGUAAUACGUUCACUUGGUCAAACAAACAAGAUACAAGACACGUGGCAAAGAAACUAGACAAAAUCCUUGUUAAUGAUGAUUGGUUCUGCUGCUUUCCAUCCUCCAUAGGAGUUUACGGUGAACCUGGGUUCUCGGAUCAUAGCCCUUGCUGCGUCUUCUUGGAUACAGAAAAACCGAAGCAGAGAUCCCUCUUCAAGUUCUUGACCCUUCUCAAUCGCAAUCCUGACUUCUCUCCGCUAGUAAAUCUGUGGUGGAAUGCCCUCUCUUUUGAUUGUUCCAAGAUGUUGAAGCUCUCCAAAAAGCUAAAAGAAUGA